AUGUCAUGGUAAAGUUGGGUGGUCCAACGCCAUGGUCUAGGAACAAAUUUAGCCCAAUUUUGUGUCAAAAUUUGUUUUGGCCCAACUUUACGAAUAUUACAAAGAAAGGUAUUGAUUUUUUUUUUUUAAAUAAUAAAUUCAUUCGUAAAGUUGAAAUUGAUAAUAUUAUCUCACAAAACCCUUUGGCCGUAUCAAUGUUUUACAAACCAAAAUUUUUCUUCCUAAAGUUGCAUAUUUUUUUUCUUUCGAAAAUUAUAUUUAGGCUUUUCUUCCUAUUCCGCCUCAUUCGCUUUUGCUGUUCACUAUUCAAAUUGUACAAAUUGAAUGAGAUCUGGAACUUUCUUCUUCCACGCUCACUUAUUAGAUUCUGAUUCUAAUUAUCAUAUUCUUUUGGCGGCAUAUAAUUUGUACUUUUCAUGGUGGAUUAGAAUCUCUGUAUAAUCCUUUUUCUUCCACUGUUAUGUGUCAGUUUAAAAAUAUUUGUAAUAGCGUUCAUUAUUCUCCUAUUUUAUCUAUAAAUACCAUUUGAAGUUGUUCAAUGUCGAAUGCGUUUGAGGCUCAAUCAAUCAGAAAUUCGUAUUUGGCUUUAUUGCGACGAAAUGGGUUCUUCGUUUGACAUGUUGUCCGAUGUUAUCCCUGGACGUGAUUCAUGGAAUUUCAGAGUUCGUGUUCUUCGAAUGUGGCCAGUUCAUUCGUUUAUGAGUCCUGGCGAGGUUAAUGGGUUGGAAAUGGUCCUUAUUGAUGAGAAGGGAGGAAAGAUUCAUGCCUCAAUAAGGAAACAAUUGCUCUAUUUAUUUGAUAAGAAAAUUAAUGAAGGAGAUGUUUAUAAACUCUCCCAUUUUGCUGUUGCUCCAAGUGUUGGUGGAUAUCGUCCGACUCUUCAUCCUUACAAGUUGGUAUUUCAGAUGAAGACAAAGGUUCAGAUUUGUGAUGGUCCUGAUAUUCCUUCUUUUGGUUUUAACUUUACUGAUCUUGAUGUAGUUUCAAGCUAUACUGCUGACUUUGGCUUCUUACUAGAUGUUAUGGGUGUAAUGACUGGUAUAUCAACUGAAAGGGAGUAUCUUCGUGAUGACAAACUGGUAAAAAUGAUUGUGCUCGAGCUAACUGAUCAGAGCGGUAAGUGUGAAUGCGCAUUGUUUGGUGACUAUGUUGAUGAGCUACAAAGGUUAAUUGGUAAUUCCUCGAAAGGCCUGCCCGUUGUUGUGAUUCAGUUUGCUAAGAUUAAAAUUUUUAGAGAGAAAGCUUCUUUACAGAAUGUCAUGAAAACUACUAGGAUAUUUGUUGAUCCUAAGACCGAAGAGGCCGAAGCUCUCAAAAAAGGACUGGCCAUUGGUGGACUUGCAACUUCAUCUUCUGUUUCUAUAAUUGGUCCUCGUCCUAGAACUUCUUUUGAGGAUGAUUUCCUGAAGUUAUAUCCCAAAAAAAGUAUUGGACAGCUUGAGUCUCUGAGUGAUGAAGGAACAUUUGUUGUCUGUGCUGUGAUAGAUGGGUUUGCUGAUGGAGAGAAAUGGUGGUACCCUUCCUGUAAGUGUCAUAGGAGUGUUGUAGCUGAUUCAGGUGCUUUUUAUUGCAAAGGAUGCGAUAAACAUGUUUAUGUUACCUCUCCAAGGUAUAAAGUUAAAGCUAAUGUAUUUGAUGGUGAAUCUUUUGCCGUCUUUGUUAUUUUCGACGGUGAUAUGCAGUAUCUCAUUCAGAAGCAAUGUUCUGCGUUGGUUGUAUCAGUCAGGGGUGAAAACGCUGGCCUCUACCCCUCUGAAUUUGAUGACUUGAAGGGCAUGAAACUUUUGUUCAAGAUUGAAAAAAAAGUUUCUCCAAGUGGUCGAUUUGAUGGGUCCUACCGUGUUAAGAGAGUGUGCAAAGAAGCUUCCAUUGUUGAAGCUUUUGAUUUACAAGAAAAUGAGUCAUCUCCUGUUGAGGAUAUUACUGAAUCUGGUUCUUCCCUUACCCGUGUUGCUGAAAAUGGAAUUGAAUUGUCUGGGAAGUCUGAGUCAUUGAAAUUUGCUGAAGAUGUUUUGGUCACACCUAAUUGUGCCGUUUUGGAUGAGUCUGUUGGGGAUUCCUCUGAUGUUGUUAUAGUUGCUGAUGAGAAUGACAGUGAUACCUAUGUUGGUAUGUCUGCUGCCAAGAAAAGAAGGUUAAAGAAGGUUAAUGUUAGAUCCUCUAAGCGAAACCUAACUGAUGAUUUUGAUGAAGCCAUUUCUUCAAAACCAAAUGUUGCUCUCAAGGUUCCCAAAAUUGAAAAAGAAUGAGCUGAUUACCUGUUGGAUGUGUUUGGGUGUUAACUUUGUAAGAUAUAAUUACAAGUAUUUGUCUAAAUAAAUCUAUAUCUGCAAGUUGCAUUAGCAUGUUAUGCAGUUAGUUUGGUUAUAUUGUCCAAGUUAUAUGUGACUUUAAGUUUAUUAUGAGUGGGAAAUAUCUUUAGGCUCAUUUAAAGAUAUUUUGUUGUGUUGUUUAUGAGGUAAAAGGAGAUGUCUUUAACCUCUUAAUUAGUAAGUAUUAGUGUUGUGAAAUAUAUCAUAUUUGUUUUUGUUUGGUGAUA